AUGAUGAAGCUGUUUUAAGUCGAUGUUUUAAUAUGAGUUAUUUUACGGAUCUAAAUAAUUUUUUCUUCGUUCACCGCCGAGAUUCACUCGUGAGGAGACGCUUCAUUCUCCUCGAUGGCAGCGGUGACCCCCGGAGAUGAGUGCCUAAGCAAGUUUCUUGCGAAGCAAUACACUGGCUACGUAUCGAAUGGCAGAAAAACUCAAGAAAUGGAGCAAAGAUGGGGAUGUACGUACGUUGAGCUGAGCGGUGACGGAAUCCUCUUGGUUAGUGGAGGCGAUCAGGCUACUGCCGGUGGAGGAUUUCUGGCCGUCCAGGGCGAAGGAAUUGUGCGUGGUAA